CUUGACGCUGUUCCUCCUCGAUUAUCCUGGCAAUCCUGACUGGCAGUACUUGAUCGGCACUAGGGUUCUAUGUUGCAUCGCUGAAUGGCUAAAAACGUUGACAGCGCAUGGCUAGUUCACCGUCAUACCAAUACCUAGAGAACUACCACGACUGAGUGGCGAGCGACGCCACUACGUCCAUCUAACGUUUACAAAGCUAUCUCAUUGUAUUAACCUUACCGGCUUAUUCGAAGCUCGUUUCUUUCGUCAUCUACCCAUCGCUGCUCCUACUCCUUUCUAAAUUCCAUUCACGAAGCAAAAGGAGGGUGUCAUAAGCUGUAUCGUUUUGCUGUCCCUGAGCACCCUCUGUUCUUUCAUCAUUUCAAUCAAAGACUAUAUAGAUUCAUUACGAUGUCAAAACUGUUAGAUGCCUUGAAAAGUCGAAUACCUAAUCGGCGAUUGCAAGAAAGAUCCUAUCGACCACUAGAUGCGGGAGAGAACGAGCGACUCACAUCUCCGUCGCCUUCGACCUCGACGCUGGUCGACGAAUCGCAGCACUCCAGUCAAUAUCAAAAGAUCAAACAAUGGUAUCCCAGGGUACUACUUUUGGUGUCUGCCUUGACGCUGUUCGUGUCGUCGACGACAUUCAUCCAGCAACACCGCCAUAGGGCAGGAGACGUGCAGUGUACGCGACGCAUGUCAGCGCCAAGCCCUCUGCUCGAGGCGGUUGAGUACGAAUGGCGCUCUUUCGAUGACUCCUAUAAGCCCGAUGUUUAUAGUGGCUAUCCAAGCGAGAAGUCUGAAAAAGCGUGGGGUGACUUAUGGGAUUUUGGAGCAUUCAGUGUCCCUCUAGAUUCGCUUCGGGGACUCAACAAGUCUUCAAUUGACGGAAAUUUUCGGAAUAUCGAAGACGAGCUCGGUGGCGGAGUGGGUGGGCUGCUAGAAGGAGCGCAUCAAAUUCAUUGCUUGAAUUUAGUACGACAGUUUAUUUAUCGUGACCACUGGGACUAUAGCCAGUUGCCUUCGUUUAGUGGUGGCCCGGCCACACGGAGGCAUCAUGUGGACCAUUGUGUAGCAACGCUCAGGAAAGUCUUGACGUGCCAGAGCGAUGUCACACCUUACGUAUAUCAAGUGCAGUUAGAUGGGACAGCUAUUGGGGCAUCAGCUCCAAGGAAAUGUCGCAAGUUUUCAAAGCUUGUUGACUGGGUUAACAACCAUUCUUUGUUUGACACUGUAGAAUGAAAUAGAGUGAUAGGUACACUAAGAAAUCGUGGUUACAUCAUAUUAGGG